AAUGAGACUGCGCAAUACCUUCACUGGAGUUGACGUUACGAAGUGGUAGUCGCGCCGACAUUAAUGUAAUUUUUUAAAAUAUUUUGUGAACUCUUCAAAUUCUAUGCACCUCAGUCGAUCAUUUCUUCAGUACUUUUUUGCGAGCCAUGCGGCGAAGUAAGGCUGAAGUGGACCGUUACGUGUCCUCAGUACAGAGUUCCUCUCCUUCACUCAAAGAGAAGCCAGUUAAAGGGUUUUUAUUUGCUAAAUUGUACUUUGAAGCCAAGGAAUAUGACCUUGCUAAAAGACAUGUAUCAGAGUAUCUUAAAGUACAGGAGAGGGAUCCUAAAGCACACAAAUUCCUUGGACAGCUUUAUGAAAGGGAAGGAGACACCAACAAGGCAGUAGGAUGCUACAAGCGGUCUGUGGAUUUGAACCCAGCCCAGAGGGACCUGGUGCUGAAAGUAGCUGAGUUACUUGUUAGUAAAGAGGAAUGUGACAGCAGAGCAGAGUUCUGGGUGGAGAAAGCUGCAAAGCUGCUGCCAGGAAAUUCCACUGUGUUCAACCUGAAGGAGCGCCUGUUGAGUCGCCAGGGUCAGCAGGGCUGGAAUCGUUUGUAUGACCUCCUCCAGGCCGAGCUGGCAUUGAGGCCUGCAGAUGCAUAUGUGAACGUGAAGCUGGUUCAGCUGUUCUGUAAGGAUGGACAGCUUGAGGAGGCCGUCAAGCAUUGCCUGGCUGCUGAAAAAAAGGUCAUGCUCAGGCACAGUCUGGAAUGGUACACAGUGGUGGUGCACACAUUAAAGGAAUAUCUGGCUCAACCCAGUGUAUCUGGUAAUGAGAAGAUGUGUCGCCGUCUUCAGCGGGAGCUACUAUUGGCCCAUUGCAGCCUGCUGAGAAUCACACUGUCUGAGAGCAGCGUGAAUCCCAGCCGUGAUGCGUUCAGAGGUUUUGACCAAACUAUGCAGAGUUUGAGCAGCAUUGUGGGCCAGCAAACAGAUGAACUAUGUGAGGUGUUUGUGGAGAUGAGAGGUCACCUUUACCUGCAUGCUGCCACACUGCUGUUAAAGAUGGCACAGGAUCGCCAACAGACCUGGAGGUCUGUCAUUGAUCUGGCUGCGCUGUGCUACCUGCUCGCAUACCAGGUCCCUAGACCAAAGCCUAAGCUCACCAAAAGAGACCAGUCAGCUCCACAACAUUUGGAGCUACUGGCAAACGACCGACAGAGUCAGGCAGGACAUAUGUUACACAACCUAACAUCGGAUCCAUCCAACUUGAUUCGAGAGGUGGUGGAAGUGUUUGGAAAUCGUACUGGUCAGGAAAGUCUAUUUGAACUGCUGUUUGGAGCGCAGGCCUCCACGGGGACGUCAUUUAUUGCAAAUGAUGACAUUCAUUCUAUUAAUGCAGCAACUCCAGAGUUCUCUCAGCUGGCCAAAUGUGAUGCUGGUUCUAUCCUGCUGCAUAGUGGUGACUUGCAGCAUCUCAGCUGGUUGGGGCUGCAGUGGGCUCUCUUGGCUCAAAGACCUUCCCUGCGUGAUUGGCUGCAACAGCUCUUUCCUAGGCUUACUCUGGAAACAUCCAAACUCGACACCAAUGCACCAGAGUCCAUCUGCCUGCUUGACUUGGAGGUUUUUUUAAAUGGCGUAGUGUUCUGUAGCUACUGUCAGCUCCAGGAGACGGCAAAAAUCAAUAGCGGAGUCGGCCAACAACAGCAACAACUCUAUGAGCCACGGUGCCUCCCUCUUCCCCUCCUUCGCCUUUUGACCACUGACAGGCAACGGGAGUGGUGGGAUGCCAUCUAUAGUCUCAUCCACAAAAGAGCCGCUCCUGGCAUGUCAGCCAAGCUGCGGAUGAUUGUGCAGCAUGGACUUAAUACUCUGAGGGCUGGAGAAAAACAUGGGCUUCAACCAGCACUAGCUAUCCACUGGGCUCAAUGUCUCAGCCAGACGGGUGAUGGUGUAAACUCUUACUAUGACCAGAAGGAGUACAUUGGUCGCAGUGUUCACUAUUGGAAGGUUGUCCUGCCACUUUUGGAAAGGAUCAAAAACAGACGCAGCAUACCUGAACCCCUUGAUCCCCUCUUCAUACAUUUUCCCUCGCGAGAUAUUCAGAUUUCUUCUGUAAAGGGCUAUGAAGAGGAAGCCAAGAUAGCAUAUGCAGCUCUCCUUGACAUUGAAGGCAGGACAGAGGAGGCCAUUGCUACCCUGGAAACAAUCAGUAACAUGUCUUCCAACUGGCACCUGGCUCGGAUCUAUCAACGGCUUUCAGAGGAGGCCAGCAAUGGGGUGGAAGAGACCCACGACAAGUGUAUCACUUUUCUAAGAAAGUUCAGAAUCUACCUGUCGAAGAUCUACAAUGCUAAUGCAGAUGACAUUGAGAAGCUGCCUGUGGCCAUGGAGGAGGUUGUGGACCUCCUGAAUGAUGUGAACCAGCAGCUAGGGGAGAGUGGGGACGCUAUGGAUGAAGACGAGGAGGAGAGUCGAAGAGGGCCGGCACACUCCAGCCCUGCUCAUCCCACAGAAACCAGUGCCACCAUAUCUCACCUUAAGUUUUCGUCUAUCUCUCCCAACAAAAGUAUUGUCUCUCCUUCCAAAAGACUGAUUUCUCCCAAGACACCCCCUCAUUGGGUGGAGGAUCAGAAAAGCCUUCUACAGAUGUUGUGUCAGCAGGUUGAAGCACUUAAGAAUGAAGUUCAUGAUCUGAGGCACAACUCUUCCGGGAACGGAGGCUCUCCUCAUCACAAGAUGUAUGGGGAGACCUAUGGGGCAGAGGGCUUACAGGAGCCUUUUACCCCAGUACAGUCCUAUCAUGGGGCCCCCUUAACAGUUGCCACCACAGGCCCCUCUGUGUACUACAACCAGUCUCCAGCUUACAAUUCUCUCCUGCGUACAGCAGCAAAUGUCACCCCCACCAAGGGCCCAAUGUAUGGUAUGAACCGUAUGCCCCCUCAACAGCACAUGUAUGCUUAUCAGCAGACCACUCACACACCUCCAUUGCAAACAGCUCCAGCUUGUAUUUACCCUCCUCAAGAACAAGUUUUUGGUGCUCCACUACGGUUUGAAUCACAAGCUACAAAUCUUCUAUCGCCAUAUAGUGAAGAAUAUUUUGGCCAGAGUGUAACUCAGCAGACUACAAAUCCUCCACUACCUGAACCUGGCUACUUCACAAAGCCACCUGCAGUCCCAGUUCAGCCACCAAAGAGCAUUGAGGGGAAGCCUGUGGACUUUGGGAAGCUCUCCUUUAGCCAACAGGCACCUGCUGAAGUUCCCAAAGUGCCUAGUUUUGGAGCAGGGGCAGUUGCCCAGUCAACGCCUUCUACUGCUUUUAAAUUUAAUUCCAACUUCAAAUCUAACGAUGGGGAUUUUACUUUCUCUGCUUCUCAAUCCAAACACAGUGAAAGUCUGCUUGGUCUUCUUACAUCAGACCUUCCCACUAAAACAGAUGCUGUACCAGAAAAACCUACAGCUCAGGAGCAGCUCACAAACCAAAUCGGAAUCUUUACCUUUGGCACGAAGAACCUUAGUAGCUUUUCCUUUGUUGAUUCUACACAGAGCACAGGCACAGGAAAUGUGUUUGAAAAGGUGGAGCAGCCAUUUAAAUUUGAAGAUGUUACCAAGCCAGUGUUUGGUUCUGGAAAGUUUACAGCAGAAGAAAGAGCAGUGGAGAGUGACAAUGACAGCACUCAUAUUGAGGAAGAUGAGGAUGGUCCUCACUUUGAACCUAUUGUACCUCUUCCUGAUAAAGUGGAUGUUAAAACGGGUGAGGAAGAAGAGGAGGAGAUCUUUUGCAAUAGGGCCAAGUUGUACCGAUUUGACACAGACACAAAAGAAUGGAAAGAGAGGGGCAUUGGCAAUGUUAAGAUCUUAAAGCACAGCACAAAAGGAAAGGUUCGUCUCCUAAUGAGAAGGGAACAGGUCCUUAAAAUUUGUGCUAACCACUACAUCAACUCUGAUAUGCUGCUGAAGCCAAAUGCUGGCUCUGACAAAUCCUGGGUCUGGAAUGCCAUUGACUAUGCAGAUGAAGAACCUAAACCUGAGCAGUUGGCCAUCCGUUUCAAAACGGUAGACGAGGCUUCACUUUUCAAAGCAAAGUUUGAAGAAGCACAAAAAACGGUGCUUAAAUCGCCAGUGAAGCACGAGCAACAGAAGAAGAAAGGGGAAACCUUAAAGGAUUCUGAAUCGUUGGCCGCCCAGUUUGCACUUAAGGAAGGAGAGUGGGACUGUGCAGUUUGCUGCGUAAGAAAUAAACCCAAGGAUACACGUUGUGCUGCCUGUCAAAGUGUCAAUCCCAAUGCUUCAUCACAACCAGACAUUCAGGCUGCUGGUGACUCCAAAGCCAGCCCGUUUACUUUCAAAUUUGGAACAGAUUCUUCAAAGUCCGGUAGUUCUGGCUCUCCUUUUACUGGGUUUGGUGCUUUUGGAGCUUCUAUACCUACUUCAUUUACCUUUGGCACAAGCACAACAAAAGCUGCUGAAACUCUAACCAGUGCAUUCACUUCUGGUUUUGGAGUUCCUUUUGGAAAGAAGUCAGGGCAGUGGGACUGUGAAACAUGCUGUGCAAAAAAUGAAGCCUCUUCAGAGGUUUGUACUUCUUGUAAAGCAGCCAAAGCACAAGCUGCAGAUGCACCUGCAGGCCAGUCCACUAUACGUACAGCUGAUUCUGGCUUUGCCCAGUUUAGCAAGAAGCCAGGGCAGUGGGACUGUGAUGUAUGUGAAGUAAGAAAUAAUGCCUCAGUUGACAAAUGUGUUGCCUGUCAAAGUGCCAAACCUGUCACUAAAUCAGCAGCAGGGGCUCAAAUAGCCUCAAAUCAGCCAACUUCAUCAGGAUUUGAAGCUGAUAUUGCAAAGAAUCAUUCUCAAUGGGACUGCAGUGUAUGCCUUGUCAGAAAUGAAGCAUCUGCCUCUAAAUGUGUUUCCUGCCAGAACCCAAACAAUUCUGCUUCUGUAGAAGCCAUGUUUGCCAAGAAGGAUGGAGAAUGGGACUGUGACAUGUGUUUAGUAAGAAACGCAGUCUCAGCUAGUAAGUGUGUAGCUUGUCAAACACCAAAUCCCAAUGCUAAAAGUACAGCCAGUACUGCUCCCUCAGCUUCCAGCUUCAGCUUCAGCUUUGGAAGCAACAGCUCAGCAAAACAGCCUCCUGCCGGAACUGGAUUUACAAUGCCUUUUGCAACAGGUAGCACUUUUCAGUUUGGUCAAAGUAGUGACAAAAGCUCAACCGCUCCCUCUGCAUCCAGCUCCUCAACUACUUCUGGCUUUUCGUUUUCAAUGCCUAUUUCAUCUGGUGGUUUCAAGUUUGGCAUUCUGGACAGCUCAAAAGAAACUGCCUCCAUAGACAAUCCUCCACCAGGUUCAGCCUCCAGUUUUCUUAAAAUCAUAGCUGACAAUCACAGCGAGACAGAAAAGGCAUCUACACUCUCAGCGGGGCAAAAGGAGCAUGAGCAGAAUCCAUUAAUUGCUGGAAAAACCAAUACUUUUAGUUUUGCAGACUUGGCACAAUCCUCUGGGGAUUUCCAAUUUGGGCAGAAUGACCCUAACUUCAAAGGUUUCUCUGGGGCUGGUGAGCAGUUGUUCUCAUCAUUUCAACCAGCACCCACAAAGACAGAUGCCGUGAACGAACUGGAGGAAGAUGAGAUGUAUAGGACAGAAGAUAAUGAUGAUAUUCAAUUUGAGCCUGUGGUUCAGAUGCCAGACAAGGUGGACCUGGUGACAGGGGAAGAGGACGAACAGGUCCUUUACUCUCAACGUGUCAAAUUGUUUAGAUUUGACUCCACCACCAGCCAGUGGAAAGAGCGUGGUGUAGGAACCCUGAAAUUUCUGAAGAACAAUACAAAUGGCAGGUUAAGGGUUCUCAUGAGGAGAGAACAGGUUCUGAAGGUGUGUGCCAACCACUGGAUCACCACCACCAUGAAUCUUAAACCCCUGGCAGGCUCAGAUAAGGCUUGGAUCUGGAUGGCCAAUGACUUCUCAGAUGGCGAUGCUAAGCUUGAACAGUUGGCUGCCAAGUUUAAAACGCCUGAGCUUGCUGAGGAGUUUAAGGAGAAGUUCGAGGAGUGUCAGAGACUUCUUCUGGAUAUCCCACUUCAAACUCCCCACAAGCUUGUCGAUACAGGCAGAACAGCACAUCUUAUUCAGAAAGCAGAGGAAAUGAAGUCUGGUUUGAAAGACCUGAAAUUCUUUUUGACAGAUGAGAAAACAAAGAUUAAAGACGACGACACCCAAGGAGAUGUUACAGCAUCCAGCAAUGUCUCAAGCCUUGUAAUCAAGGCUCACGGUGAAACCACAGGCCCCACUUUAGAAUGGGACAACUACGACUUAAGAGAAGAGGCUUUAGAUGACACAGUUGACUCCUCAGUCUAUGCCUCUCCACUUGCCAGCAGCCCUCUGAGGAAGAACCUUUUCCGCUUUGGAGAGAGUACUGGUGGUUUCAACUUCAGCUUCCAACCUGGCAUCAGCCCCUCAAAGUCCCCUGCUAAGCUCAACCAGAGCAGAGCAUCUGUGGGAACUGAUGAUGAGCAGGAUGUAACCCAGGAUGAAGACAGGGAUGGCCAGUACUUUGAACCUGUGGUCCCCUUGCCUGAUCUGGUGGAGAUAUCUACAGGAGAGGAAAAUGAACUUGUGGUCUUUAGCCACCGAGCCAAACUCUAUCGCUAUGAUAAGCAGCUGGCUCAGUGGAAGGAACGCGGUAUUGGAGACCUCAAGAUCUUGCAGAAUUAUGACACCAAAGGAGUAAGAUUGAUAAUGAGAAGAGACCAAGUACUUAAGAUCUGUGCCAACCACUGGAUCACUGCACUCAUGAAGCUAGAACCUAUGAAGGGUGCAGAGAAGGCCUGGGUCUGGAGUGCUUUUGACUUUGCUGAAGGAGAAGGUAAUAUCGAACAGUUGGCCGUGAGAUUCAAGCUCCAGGACACUGCAAACACAUUUAAACAGGCCUUUGAGGAUGCAAAGGUUGCACAAGAAAAAAAGGAACUCAUGACUCCUGUCACAUCAAGGGUUGCCCCACCGCAAGACAGUGGAGCUGCUGGAACCCCAAGGACUCCUACAGCCGUAUGUGGAAAGGCAGCCAUCGCUGUUCUGGAAGAGACCACAAAGGAAACUACAAAGCCUUCCCAGGAUAGUUAUGUCAAACCAUGUUCACCAGGUUCCCAGAGUCCUGUCAAUCCUUCAAAGACAGUGGUGUCUCCCCCGAAGUUUGUUUUUGGCACCGAUAGCCUUCAGAAGAUUUUUGGAAGUCCCAAGUCUAACACUGAAUCACAGUCUGGAUCCAGUUUCAAAGCAAAAGAUUCAGGAUCUCACACCAAGACUUCACUUGCAUUCCCUGCAUUCAAAAUCCCAGAGAAAGGGCUGGACUUUAGGCUUUUCAAAGAUAACCCAAUGGCUUUUUGGACGAGCACAUCAACCACCCAAUUUGAACCCCCAGAGCCUCUACAGGCGGAAAGAGGUGGUGCAUGUUCAGAGGCGGAUUCGGAUUCCGAGGUGGAGGUUGUGUACGUCAGGGAACCCACUGCUGAGCAGGCAGCUUUAGCCAGGAAACUCCUGCUGCCUCCCACCUUCUUCUGCUACCAGAAUGAACCAGGGUACACCAGUGACGAUCAAACCGACGAUGAAGACUACGAGUCGGCAGUGAGGGCUUUGAAUGGAAAGCUCUACGAUGAUUCCCCUAAGGCGGCGGCUGCUGCUGCUGCUGCAUGCGGUGAUGACACCGACUGCCAGGUUGUGUGGGAGAAGAAGCCAACACCAGAGGAAGAGGAAAAGGCCAAAAGCCUCCAGCUUCCUCCUACAUUUUUCUGUGGCUUAAGCACCUCAGAUAGUGACCCAGACCAUGACAAGGCCGAUGAUUUUGAGACAGAAGUCCACAAGGCGCAGCGGGACUUGGAUGCUCAGUUAAAUGCAGGUAAGAGGGCCUCCAGCAGCACCGCUGUAGCCACAGAGUCAGCGCCAGGCCCUUCGGCCAGCAGAAUGCCAGAGGAGCAGACCUCAGAACAGCCAACCGAGCCUCAGCGUGAGGGUCCAAGCAGCAGCUCCCCGAUUGACCUGUCAACCAAGAAGACCCCAGAGUCAAACACAGGGACUGCAACAACCACAUCUAGUCAAGACUCCUCCUUCUUUGACGUGAACUCCUUUAAAGGAUUCUCCUUUGCAGAUUUGGCAAAAAAUGCAGAUGGAUUUGCUUUUGGAACACAAGACACUAAUUUCUCAUGGGCAAAUGCUGGAGCAACAGUGUUUGGCUCUGCAGUGUCCUCUGCACCAAAAAACAAUGGCGAGGAAGAGGGCAGUGAUGAAGAGGAGGCUCCUAAUAAUGUGGACAUUCAUUUCGAGCCAAUAGUUUCACUACCAGAGGUGGAGACGAAGUCUGGAGAGGAGGACGAGGAAAUCCUGUUUAAGGAGCGCGCCAAGCUGUACCGAUGGGACCGUGAUACCAACCAGUGGAAGGAACGUGGCAUCGGUGACCUCAAGAUCCUUUUCCACCCGAAUAAACAUUUCUACCGAAUCCUGAUGAGAAGAGAGCAGGUGCUGAGGGUUUGUGCCAAUCAGAUAAUCUCUCAGUCGAUGGAGCUCAAGCCUAUGAACACCUCAGCUAACGCAAUGGUCUGGACCGCCACAGACUAUUCAGAUGGUGAUGGUGUAGUGGAGCAGCUGGCAGCCAAGUUCAAAACCCCUGAGAUCACUCAAACCUUCCAGAAGACCUUCUGUGAGUGUCAGCGGCGAAUGGCCCAAACCGACCGAGACGGCUCCUCCAUCUCUUCACCACAGAUGUCCAGAGUUCAAGAGCACUCGAGAGAAACGAAUCCACGGGUGUUCCUCAAAGUAUCUGCAGACGGCCAACCGCUGGGCACCAUUACCAUUGAGCUUUUCUCCCAUAUUGUCCCGAAAACAGCAGAAAACUUCAGGGCUCUGUGUACUGCUGAGAAAGGCUUUGGGCUGCAGAACUCCAUCUUCCACAGGGUCAUACCUGACUUCAUGUGUCAGGGUGGAGACAUCACAAACAGUGAUGGUACAGGAGGCAAAUCCAUCUACGGCAGCAGAUUUGAGGACGAGAACUUUGAUGUUCGGCACACGGGCCCAGGAAUCCUCUCUAUGGCCAAUCAAGGGCGCGACACCAACAACUCGCAGUUCUUCAUCACCUUGAAAAAAGCCGAACACCUGGACUUCAAGCACGUGGCCUUCGGUUGGGUACAGGACGGCAUGGAUGUGGUGCGGCACAUGGGAGAACUGGGCACAAAGGACGGCAAGCCUGCAAAGAAGCUCGUCAUCACAGACUGUGGUCAGCUGUAGCUUUCACAAUGUUAAUAUCAGGAUCUUGGUGUGAAAGGUCAGAGACUCUGGGUAACAACCAGUUCAUGCAGCACAUACCCUCCUGCUCAAAGUGAAACCCUAGACAGUAGACGUCUGAGAAUUCAAACACUACUGGUCAAAAGCCCUGUUCUUAGGAAUUUGACUCAGUAGUCGAGAUAAAUUAUUUGGUUGUCCUAUAGUCACCAGUGGGGAAACAUGGUGUGUGAAGAGAUUUGGAGUAAACCUAGUUCUCUGUUGCACUUGCAUCUGUUUCACUGUCUGUCACUAAAUUGUUUAUUUGUGUAUAAUUGUACAUGGACUUUUUAAUGUCAUUUUUGUCUUGCAUGUGCUGUUUCAAUGUACCUGUUUUUGUCACAUGCUCCACUUGGGUAUCUUUCCCCUUUUUGAAGAAGUCUUAAUUAUUAAAGGAGAGGUCAAGGUUUGAAUGCAGCUACUGGUUUUCUAAUUGCUUUCCACUUUCUCUCCAUAUCAGUUUAUUGCUCAUAUCACACUCGUUCACUCCAGUGAUUUGUUUUUGCUUACAUUAAUUCAAUGUGUAUAUAAUUGGAUUUAAUUUUUGCCCACAAAAACUGGAUUUAUUUUAGUGUGUUGCCAGAGUCUACAUUACACAUGGUUUGGACUUUACAAAGAUGAAGGUGGUCAAUUUCAAUUACAGUUGAAAUGGUGCUUACCAUACCAAAACAUAUGAGAAAUAAAGUAGCUUUACACAAAUGUA